CAUCAACAUGGAAUACAGCGUUUGCCAGAGACCAAAAUACAAAUCUCCUGAAGAGAAGGAGAUGCUAAAAUUGUUCAGCAAGAACCCUAAGAAGAGAGAUUAUGAUAAGAUAAAAGAGGUCUGUAGGCACCUCAAGAAAGUCAAGUUUUUCUCCCAAAGGAACAUACCUUCGGAAGGAUACACUUUGCUAGUGGAAUCAAUGGAACAUGUUUACUGACCCAAGGGAAAGCUAGUGUACAAGGAAGGGGAACCUGUAGAAUGUCUUUAUAUCCUCCUCAUUGGAAAUGCAACUAUCUGUAUAAGUGAAGAAUUUGAUGAAAACAUUGAAGUCAAGAGACUUCGGAAAAUAACAGACAAAAGCCAUACAUGAAUUAAGAAAUCUGACCAAGAGUUCUUGAACCAGAAGUACCAAUUUAUUCGACUGAAGCAAGGAGAUGCUCUGGGAAGCAACGCUUUGAUGAAUAAUACUCCAGCGAAUGAAAGUAUCUACUGUAGCUCUAAUUGCCACUUUGCGUCCUUGAGUCGUUCCAGAUUUGAAGAGGUGUUCAGAAAAAUAGAAGAGGAAAGAAAUAAUGAGUGGAGAAGAUUCUUCAAAUCCAUGACAAUAUUUGAACAUCUGACUCUCAGGUCAAUUGAGAAAUUAUUCUACUUCUGCGAUCUCAAAGUAUUUAAAAGAAAUCAGAAAGUAUUCUCCGAAGGUGAUGAGUGUAAAGGAUUUUAUAUAAUCUACCAAGGAGUAGCUCAAAUUACCAAAGAAAUUCAGGUAUCAAAGAAGAGCAAGCGUAAAACUUCAAGAAAGAAGAUUUUAUAUCUAAGCUCGCCUGAUGCUCGGAGGGAGAAAUUCUUCGCAAAUUCAAAAGGACUAAACACUAAGGUUAUCAAGAUCAAGACCAUAAGUGAGGGUCAGUUUAUUGGCAUUGAAGACUCCUUCAUAAAGUAUUCAAAGUACUCUAAAGAGACCCAUUCAUAUAAUGCUGUUUGUCAAUCAGCAGAAUUGCAGUGUUUUUAUUUUACUAAGGAAAAAGCUUAUGAUAAGUUAUGAAGCCUAAACUGCCUUAACCAAAUUAUGGAUAAGGCCAAGUUGAAUCGAAAUAGAAUGGAAGAACUCUUUUUCAAUAGUUUCAGCAUUAGUAAGAGAAUAGAAUUCAGAGAACAAGAGAGCACUGAGCCCAAAAAUAAUGAACUUCUCUCACCGCUUCGAGAUUCACUGGAAAAAGUCGCUUUAGGAGCUAUUAGUAAAAGUAAUUGCAUCAAAAAGCCCGAGUCUCAGAAAAGACAAAAGAAUUUUCAAAGCCAGCAGCCAAAGAAAUUUAUCUCUGGGCCUGAUAUACAGAAACCUACCAGUAGAAGGUUGUUGUUUAAGAAAAAUGAUAAAGAGUAUAACCCUCACUUGAGAAUAUCGAAUAAUUCAGAUAUUUGUGCCACACACUCAACAAUUUCUUCAAUGAAUCGCACUCAUGUAACAACUGAGAAAAAGUGAAUCUCUUCUCCAACGAGCGCCAGAGGAAUGUCUGCCAGAACAAAAAUUAAGCGGACGAUCGACAUUCUUCAUUCUCUUGAAACUAAAGAUCCUGAAAAUGGCAGAAAUCGGAGAUUAUUGUCCUCUUUUUAUCCUGCAGGCCACACCCAAAGGCCCAAAAAUACACAGGAAGCAUUGGGACCUUAUUUAGGAGAGAGGCCUAGAUCUCCAAUGGCUCAAUCUCAUAUUCAGACUAUGACUCCAAAUAAAAAGCUCUUUAGGAAAAUUAAGCUAAAUAAGUCAUCUCUUGACACUACAAGUUUUAAGGAAGAUAAGCCUAAAAAGUUGAUAGAAAAUCUUAGCUUCAAGUUGAAAUCACCAAGAUGUGUUUUCCCCGAUAAAGAAGAUAACACAUUGAUGAGGAAAAAUCUGAGGAUGAGAGUUAACUUUAAGAGACAUUUUAUGCCAGUAGCCUGCUCGAUCCCUUCAAAAAUGACAUCUACCAGCAGUAAGAGAAGGUCAGCACUUCCUCUAUCUACAGGUCGGAAGUGGGUAUGAUAAUCUCAUUUUGUAACAUGCUUAUUUCUA